AUGGUUCAUUUCAACCAAAUACUCUCAGGUGUAUUUUUCGCAACCGCAGCUUUCGCAAAGUUGCAAAAAGCCAACGACUCGCCAGAAGGUGCCAAAUACGUUGCUAAGUUUGACAACAAGCUUCAAGGACAAGUUGAGUUUGCUGGAACCAGCAAUGGAAGUGUUUCUGUCUCUGUUAAAUUGGAAGGACUUCCAGAAACUGGAGGCCCAUUUCCAUACCACGUUCAUGAGCUCCCAGUACCUUCCAAUGGUGACUGUAUGGGCACAAAAUUGCACUUGAACCCCUACAAUGGCAGCUCUACAGCAACAACCCUCGACGAUACCGAGGUGGGAGAUUUGGCUCGUAGACACGGAAACCUUACUGCUCCUUCCGAUGACAUUACCUACAUUGACGAGUACCUUUCAUUGAAUUCUGAUAGUCCAGCCUUCAUUGGAGGAAGAUCUGUGGUGGUCCACUUCCUGAACAACUCGAGAAUUGCAUGUGCCAAUAUUACGCAAGAAAAUAAAGGUUCAAAUAACAACUCCACCUCUACUGAGUCUGUUUCAGAAACCAAUGGCGCUUCUACCAAUUCCGCCGGAUUUACCUUGGGAGCCUUUGCUGUUGCAUUGGGAAUGAUGUUCUGCUAG